CAACAGUGACAGCGCAAAAGAAAGAACCACCCUAACCCAAAAGAGUUAAUCAGCGAGGAACAGACCAGAACUGCUAUAGAAAGCUAAUGAAGUGGAGAAGAAAGCAGGAAUGCCCAUUGGAAUGAAACAUUCACAGGAUGGUGCUCUCUGUAACUGUGGAUAGACGUACAAGAGAAUGGAUGUGGUGGUAAGAGAAUUCUGUGAGCCAUGGAAGCAAAAUCUGGUGUUAAUUUUGUUAUGAAGAACUGGGGUGCCUGUAGCUUGCUUACUAUCACAGUGGCCAUGGUAACAACGGGGUCAUCCCUAUCAAGAAAGGCCAUUCAGAAUAACAAUGCAGUCACACCACUGGUGGGGGAUAAGGCUACAUCUCAGCUGGCAGAAGAUAAAUCACAUAUAUGUGCAGUAAUUGGUACUGAAGCUGUAUUGAACUGUCCUCCAGAAAGUUAUGACCUCAUUGUAUGGAAUAUAGAAUUAAAGAAUGGAACAAAUUGCCAUAUAUCAUACAUGAGUAAGAAUGAUACAACUGAAAGAAACUGCACGGAGAACAUGAACUGGUUGUCAAGACCAGAUCAACGACCUGAUCUUCGUAUACAAUCACCACAGCUCUUCAGUGAGGGAACAUAUAAAUGUUCUGUUGUGACCAUCAAUGGAACUUUCAGCUAUGAAACUUUUCUAUCCAUAUUAGUGCCUCCUAAGGUAUCUCUGACUCAUAGCAUCAACAAGACUGCUGUGUGCAAAGCAGCUGCAAGUAAACCAGCUGCAACAAUCUCAUGGGACCCACCAGGACAUUCUGCUAAUGUGGAGGAAACAUUUCUUAAUGACAUGUAUACAGUUACCAGUAGAUACCAUUAUACCAGUACUUCAGAGGAUGAAGUCUCUUGCUCCAUAUUCCAUCCUGCUUGGAAUGAAUCCCGUGUAUUAAAGAUCUCAUUUGGCAAAUACACUGGAGAAAGAAAUUAUACAAUGAAAAUUCUGUAUAGCAGCCUCACAGGGCUCUUGGGAAUACUUGUCCUUUUACUUUUCAUCUACUCCUGGAAGCUCUUCCAUGGAAGACAACCAGAAGCCACCAUAUCUGAAAGCCCUGAAGCUAUUUCAGGAGAAAUCAUUCAGGAGGAGGAGGUAGAGCCGUAUGCCACCUUUGUGCAAGUGGAAAAUAUAAUCUAUGACAAAGCACAUGACUUCUCACAGAGGGGUGAAUGCUUUCCACCAGGGUUCUUGCCUUCAACCUGAAACACCACCAGACUUGCAUCUUGCGUGGGAACAUGGAGGUGAAAAACAAGCCAUAACAGUGAAAGAUGAAUGAUAUUACUUUAAAGUGACUAUCUCACUGAACAUGGAUAACAAUGGGCCUUCUCUAACCUUGUCACAUGUUCUACUGCCUGAUGCCUGACAAUGUCUCACCACAGUCAUUAGCUGAAAAGCCAGAGUUGAUUGUCUGAGUGAGAAGGGACACAACAGAGCAAGUCUGCAGUUUUCUGCAUGCUCCACAGAAUUUUCCAGGAACUGUGAUAUGAGUCAUAUAUGACUGAGCCUUAGUAUGUUCUUCUGCAUCAUGAACCUUCUUUUUCCGACUUGGACUGAGGAUACCCAGCUGCUAUUUUCUCAGCCUUGCCAUUUUGGGUGCUGUUUUAAAAGCCAUGAGAAAAGCUCGUUCAAAAACUAAAAGAGCAGUGGGAUGUAGUGGCCAGAGUGCCACUGUGAAGCUCACUAGAUGACUGUGGACCAGUCAUUGACUCUCAGUCUAACCUGCCUCGCAGCAUUUUUGUGAGCAUAACAUGCUGAAGAGAAGGAGGGUCACGUACACUGUCUUGGGCUAUUUGGAGGAAAAGGUGGGAUAUAAAUGCAACAAACAAAUACUGCUACUGCCAUUCUGCCUAAUACAGGCAGGGCACCAUGAAGUACAGGCUGAACUGAGAAGUGUUUUCAGACUAGCAACUCUGAAAGAAGGUUAUUGAAACAGAAGAGAGUUUCAUUAUUUACCAGAUGUGUUGACAGCAUUUUAAGGUAUUCUAUCAGGAAGUGCAAGAACUGAUUUAGUUGUGGCUGCCAGACCUGAGUGUAAGAUAAGCAAUGGGACCACCCACUGCAGAAUAAUCACUAAUUCCUAAAUUCCAGAUUAUACUCUAUGGUUUAGGGAAGGUAAGGCAGACAGGGAAAGGGAGAGGGAAAAUUGUGCUGUUAACAGAUUAUCAGAUCUGGAGUGGUAAGAUUUAGGCUCAAAUCACUGCUUAGCCAUGAGUUGGCUGGCUGACCUUGACCCUUGUGCUCUCUUUCAGACUCUAAUGUACCAAAGAGGUUUCUUGUAAGGACAAAAUCAUGCGGAUGGGACCCUUAUCCUGUUCUGAGCUCCCUGGAAUAAGAGGGUAAUUUCAGGGUACCUCAGAGAAAGGCACUAAACCACUGAAAGGCAGGUGCUUUGGAGAGUCCCAUUUUCCUUCUGCAACAAAUGCAGCAGCACCCUGUGUUGGGAAGAAGCGAACAGCGGGCAGAGAAAUGCAGUUAAGCAUGGUUGCCGAAGGCAGCCGUCUGGACAGCAGACUGGGGCAGAGAAUACAAUCUGCUGAUCUUCCAAGUCUGCUGCCUGAGGCAAAGGUUUCAUGACAGUGGGCCCUGGAAUCCAAAGAAAAAAAUGAAGUGAUUCAGUUAGGGCAAUGAUAUGAAUCAUAGCCAGUUCCAGGUCUGAGGAGGCUAUGGACAAAAUGCCCUCUGGUGGACCUUCUCCUCUUUCAAGCACGUCUCUGUGUGUUAUGUUCAUCAUGGCAAUGCUCUAAGCUGUGCUGGGCUGUUAGGUCUUCUAGCCACCCUUUAACUUCCCAGAGUUUGCCAGAGUAUCAUUAGGCCAGUGGCAUUGUUGGAAAUUUAGAUGGUGGCUGUAACCAGUUGCCUGACCCUGCUUGGAGUGCUAGACCAGAAAAAAGAUGAAGAGGAGAGCCUGGGGCAGAUGCUAGUAGCAGCAGCUGGCAGCUGCCAAAAGCCAGAGAGAGGGAGACAUUCCCUGACGUGAAUGUUUGUAAGUGGUGAUUCGUAAGAUCCUCAAAAUUGUCACAAGCUACUAGAUGUCAUUUCAACUUUGUGUGCCAUCACAUUGUAGGAGAUACUUUGCCCGCUUUUCCUGAAAAAUCUGCAGUUCUUGGUCUUCAGAUAUUUCUAAUUCUUAGGGAAUCCUCAUGGACAUCUUGAUCUCACCAUCAUAUAGAAUGUGUAAUUAUAUUUGAAUAAUCUUUCCAGUGAAAUAUUUGAAAGAAUUAAAAGGGAUCACAGUGUUUGUCCUCAGACCACUGUUUCCUCUGAUGGCACUUAAACUGCUGAAUGUCAAGUACAACAAAGUAACAGAAUUGUUUACCCAGGGUAAGUUGACUUAAGCGGGAAAUAUGAGGAAUAUAGGGUACCUUGGGAGACAAAACUAAGGAGACUAAACUACAGACUCAACACUGCUUUCAGGAGCAGUGAUAUUGGUUAUUGCUAAAUGGCCAUUUCUUUGACUGUGCUGGUUAGAACCACAUUACACUAUGUAGUGCAAAGCUGAGGUUUGUCUUUAUUUUUACUUCAUAUGGCCCCAAUUCAGAUUGGAACAACCAUGUUCUUCCCACAAGCACACAAUUUGCUCCUUUGUACCCAAAAGAGGGUCUUUAAAGAUCUCAGUUGGCACCAACCCCCAAAAAACCACUCCCCAGUGGUGGAUAAGGGGGAGUCUUAACUCACCUCUGUCAAAACAUGGUGAUCGCAUACAAAUUGAGGCCAAACUUACUGACCCUUGUGGGAAACAUGCCUCAGCCAUGUUACAUAUGAUUAGCAUAGAGUGUAUUUUGACUCUUAGGAAUACUCAUAUUCUCUGGAUAUGUGGGUCCUGUGAUGGACAAUAAUUGGUGUUGCUACUUUAAUAAGUUAAAGUUUCCAUCUAGUUCUUGGAAGCAGGAGUGUAUAAGACUACUUAAAAACCCAGCUUUGGAACUUGUUUAUAAACCCUUGCUGUUGCAAAAUCACUAUACAUUGUUUUAAUGUUGUGACCUGCCCAGGAGCUGUGUGGC